UACAAAACGUCCGUGAAGUAAAAUGAACUGCAUUCGUAAGAAAAACACAAUACGACUGAAACAGUUACUUCGGAAACUAUGUCAAUUUGCAUUAGACGAAUUACUAGAAGAUGUAUUAGAAAAACGUGUAUGGACAAGACCAUGGCUUUUAAGAAGGAAUGAACGUGGAUCAUCUGCUUUACUUUUAAAAGAACUUUGCAAUAACGAUAUAGGCGAGUACAAGAGUAUUUUGCGAAUGACGCCCGAUAUGUUUGAUAUUCUGUUGAGUCUUGUGACGCCAAAAAUACAAGGAAUGGAUACAAUAAUGAGACAGGCGUUACCUGCAAGAAUAAAAUUGGAGAUCACUUUAGAUUUUCUUUCGUCCGGUAUUAGUUACAGGAGGCUUAGUCACUUUUAUCGGGUUUCAAGAUGUGCUAUAGGCAAAUUUAUACCAGAAGUAUGUGUCGAAAUCUACAAGGUAUUGGAAGAAAACAUUAAGAUCCCUACUAAUUUCGAAGAAUGGGCGGAAAUAGAAAAUGGAUUUAGAAACAGAUGGAAUUUCCCAUUUUGCUACGGUGCCAUUGAUGGAAAGCAUAUUCAAAUUUUAGCUCCUGGUAAUAGUGGAACUAUAUAUUUCAAUUAUAAAAAAGUAUUCAGUAUAGUUCUUAUGGCAAUAGUUGAUUACGACUAUUGUUUUCGAUAUAUAGAUGUCGGAGCCUGUGGAAUAUCAUCAGAUGGAGGUGUAUUUAAAAAUUGUUCCAUAUAUAAUAAACUGGAGAAUAAUCUUUUACCAAAUGGUGGAGUGAUUGUUGCUGAUGCCGCAUUUCCUUUAAAAUCAUACCUUUUAAAACCUUAUCCAGGCGACAACUUAACAUUGCCACAGAAAGUUUUCAAUUACCGACUAUCCAGAGCCAGACGUGUAGUGGAAAAUGCCUUUGGGAUAUUGGCAAGCCGAUUUCGUGUAUUUCAAAAACCAAUAGCAGCUAAUGUAGAUACAGUGGAUAAAAUUGUAUUAGCAGCAUGUGCUUUGCAUAAUUGGUUGAGAAAAGAAAAUCGAAACACUUAUCUAACCAGCAGUGAUGUCGACCAUGAAGAUAUUGAAACAGGAAACUCCCCUCUUGGCUCAUGGAGAACAGAUACAGAAGGUUUACAAAGCAUAUGUCACCAAGGAAGUAACCAUUCUUCGAUUUCAGCAAUCCAGAAAAGAGAAACCUUUAAAAACUACUUUAACAAUAAAGGUGCUGUGCCUUGGCAAUCAAGAAUGAUAAGAUAAUCAUUAAUUUUUAUACCUAAACUGAAGUAUUGUUCAAGAGUGAUUCUUCUGUACGCUUGUACUACAUACUACUUUAUUCUGUGCUGUAGGUAUAAUAAAUAGAUAAUAAGUAAUACUUAAUAAAUAAAUAAUGAAUGAAA